AUGGUAAGUAUAUCGCGAUUAGCCGGCUAUAACAAGCAGGAUGUUAAAAACAUCUUCUUGUUGUUGCAAGAGUUUAUGGUUACAUACAAACACAACAAGGUUACAUUGAAUUACCAAUCACGUCCAGUUGUUUUAUUCUUUAGUACACUAAUUGCCACUGCUGGAUUUGGGUUAUAUUUUUCAAUAAGAAGUGUUGUCAACAAGUAUAACGAGUAUGUGUUGGCUAAGAAAUUGAGACGUCCCAGUCUUAUUCGUCAGUCGUCGAAUAUGUUAAAAAAUGGUACUAGGGAGGUUUUCAUUCCUAGUGGCAAGGACUCCAUCAAGAGGAUAAUUAUACCUAAGCCAAAUAACGAUUUGUAUGCAGCUGAUAAGUAUCUAUACAAGGACUUUGCAAUCAAUCAACGUCUUUUGCUGCAAAAGAAAGGUGUUUUGUUCAAUUCAAAGUUCCUUAGUCAGUUGGCCAUCAUAUGGAGGAUCUUGAUUCCUAAAUUUUACAGCAAGAAUACCUCAUUGUUGUUAUCACAAUGUUUCUUUCUAAUAUUUAGAACUUGGUUGUCUUUAUUGGUCGCCAAGUUAGAUGGUCAAAUUGUCAAGAAUUUGAUUGCCGCAAAUGGUAAAAAGUUUUCUCGUGAUUUGAUUUACUGGUUAUUGAUUGCUUUUCCUGCCUCAUACACAAACGCUGCUAUAAAAUACUUGGAUCAAAGAUUGGCUCUUGGUUUUAGAACCAAUUUGACAAGGUAUAUCCAUGACAUGUAUCUUGAUAAAACAAUGGCUUAUUACAAGAUAGAUUUAGGUGCUUCUGCGCUACAGAAUAUUGAUCAAUACAUCACUGAUGACGUGACCAAAUUUUGUUCUUCCUUAUCAUCGUUGUUUUCUUCAAUGGGUAAGCCAUUUAUUGACUUGAUCUUUUUUGCUGUUUAUUUGAGAGACAAUUUAGGUAGUGGUGCUAUCAUUGGUAUAUUUGCUAAUUAUUUCCUCACGGCAAUUAUGUUGAAGAGGGCUACACCAUCAUUUGGUAAAUUGUCGGCGCAAGGAGCUCACCUUGAAGGUAUUUAUUUCAACCAACAUUUGAACUUUAUGACUAAUUGUGAGGAGAUUGGAUUCUACAAGGGAUCCCUUAUUGAAAAGGCUAAGCUUACAGAAAACUUUAAAAAAUUGAUGGAUCAUGUAAAGAAGGAAAUCAAUACGAGUUUUUGGUAUGCAACAUUGGAAGAUUACGUCUUGAAAUAUACUUGGUCUGCAUGGGGUUAUAUCUUUGCUGGAUUGCCUGUAUUCUUAGAUGAAUUGUGGCCUGCUGAAGGAAAAAAGAAGGAUGUAACACCCGAUGCACAUGCAGAUGCUAUUAGUGAACGUAAGAAUAUGAGACAGUUUAUCACCAACAAGAGAUUGUUAUUGUCUCUUGCAGACGCCGGAUCUAGAUUGAUGUACUCGAUCAAGGAUGUUAAUACAUUAACUGGAUACACCGAUAGGGUAUUUGAUUUGUUGACACAAUUGCAUCGUGUGCAUUCACCUAGGUUUGACUACGGCGAUAAAAAUGGAAUUGCUGAUAUCCAUGGUACGAUUCAAAACAAUUACCCUAAUGGAUUGAGAUUUGAGCAUAUUCCUGUCAUUAUUCCAACUCCAGAAGGUUCUGAAUACACUCCAUUGGUUAAAGAUUUGAACUUCCACAUCAAGCUGAGGAAUAUGUUAAUUUUGGGUUCCAAUGGAUCAGGCAAGACUUCGAUUGCUAGAAUUAUUGCUGGAUUAUGGCCAUUGUACAGUGGACUAUUAUCCAAACCCAAUGAUGAUGAUAUCUUUUACCUCCCACAAAAGACCUAUUUCACAACGGGUAAUUUACGAGAUCAAAUCAUCUACCCACAUUCAUAUGUUGAAAUGUUGGAGAUGGGUUACAAUGAUGAUUAUUUAUAUCAUAUCCUUCGUGAGGUCAAACUAGAAUAUCUUUUGAAAAGAGAGGGUAGUUUCAAUGUGGUCAAAGACUGGAAAGAUGUUUUCAGUGGUGGAGAAAAACAAAGAGUUAGUAUUGCUCGUGUUUUAUUCAAGAAUCCUAAAUUGGUUGUUCUUGAUGAAAGUACCAAUGCUGUUAGUACCGAUGUUGAAGAUUAUCUUUUUGAACUUUUGAAGUUGAAGAAAAUCCCAUUUAUCACUUUAUCUCAUCGACCAUUGUUGAUGAAGUAUCAUGAUUAUAUUUUGGAAAUUGAAGAAGAAGGUACUUGGAAAUUACAUGAUUUAACUAGUGAAGAGAAUUUGAAGACUAUUGAUAAUGAAAUUGCUGAAAUUGAAGAAAAGAUUAGUCAAGUGAGUAAAUGGGAAAAGAGGAAGGAUGAAAUCAAUGAUUAUUUGGAUGGCAGAUUUGAUGAUAUUGGAAUGGAAAGUUCGAUUGACUUUUCAGAAAAGUCCAUCCAAGUUGGUGGAGCUUAG